GCAGUAUAAAUUAGCUCCCACAGUUUUUCGUAGAUUCCUUUUUCAUCGAGAAGCAAAAAGAAAACACAAAAACAAAACCUUUUUUAAUCUUUCUCUCAAGAAGUGACUCAGACUCAGGAAAAAAGGGUUUUUGCUUUCCGGGUUUAACGAAGUAAUCUUCCAUAUCUCUUUUGAUUCGAAGCUUUUUUCAAAACCCAAAAUGGGACCUCGUUGCUCUAAGCUAUCUCUCUGUUGGUGGCAAACACAUCACAAAUCAUCUCUCAACGACGCUUCUGAUCUAGAUAACGGAAAUGACGAUUCGGCGUCGUUUAGUGAGUUCAGCUUCGACCAACUACGAACCGCUACUUCAGGAUUCUCAACGGACAGCAUCGUGUCCGAACACGGCGUCAAAGCUCCAAAUGUCGUGUAUAAAGGCAGGCUCGAAGAUGAGCGAUGGAUCGCUGUUAAACGCUUCAACAGAUCCGCUUGGCCUGACACUCGUCAAUUCCUUGAGGAAGCAAAAGCUGUGGGGCAGUUGAGGAGCGAGAGGUUAGCGAACUUGAUUGGUUUCUGCUGUGAAGGAGAUGAGAGACUGCUCGUUGCUGAGUUUAUGCCUUUUGAAACUAACUGUAUGUUACAGAUGUGA